GUGCGGGAGGAGGAAAGAGGGAAAAGGACAAAUGGUGUGUGUGUCAUUAUCAGGGGUAACCACGGUGGAGUGCAAACACUCAGUAGUUGUAGUCAAGGCUUAAUUAAGUUGAUGAGUGGUGUUAGACUGAAUGAGCAGGUUUUUUACCACAUGUUAGUGGGAACACUUGAUAGGUUUUGUUUGUGUGUUGGUGCUACUUGUUUCUUGUGUUUACAUGUUAGUUUAUAAUUAGACUGAGUUCAAAGUGUUAUGAGCGACAAUUUAGUCUUGUAUGGCUGAAUCCUGUCCCUUGACCCUUAAUUCAUCAAUAUAAUCUUUAAACAAAUAUAUUUACCUUAAGUAAUAUUCUUAAAGUCACGCUACCCAUAUUAUUUGGCAGAUGAUAACCCUGUAUGCGAUAACGGUGCCUUAUAAGACUUGGUAAAUAAACUACUAAUUUUACUCUCUGGUUUAAGUGAUCAACAAUUAAUUCUACUUUGAGGUAUAAUUAACCAACAUUAUUAAGGAGUGCCCAUGCCAGGCACGACAUUAAGAAUAUUUUUCUGUUGACCAGCAGACUUACUAUAGUCAAACCAUUUCAAAAUGUCUGUUGAGGCAGUGGCUUCUGCAGGUCCUUUCCUCCCUUCUGCUUUGCCACACAGUUCCAGUUACCUAUUUCCUCUGUUUCCUGUCCCGUCUUUCACAAACUGGGCACCUGUAAUGCACCCCUACUUGAUUUACAUUUCUCAGCCCUGAGCAUCUCUUUGUGGCACCACUUAACACUCCCUGUGCACAGGGCAGAGUUAGUAGCCAUUUCUCUUCCACACCAACUACCUUCCUGUAUAUAUGAUUUCUCAGUAAUUACUUAUUUGUUGUGCUGUAUUAGCUGUUACGUUCUACAUCAAGCUGUAAUAUCUACCCAAGCUGCAGGUUAAUCCAAUAAAAAAAAAGUGAAUGACUAAGUCAUGUGUUAUUAUUCCCAAGCUCCAUUGGCAAUGGCGAGUACACAUUAUAUAACUGAAGCAUAUUACACAUUCAUUGAACACAAUUAAAACUAACUACCCUAAUCAAAUUAAAUCUAACCUAACCUGAUCUGACCUAAUUGAACUAAAUAUAAGGUAACCUGGCCUUAAUGCCUGCUCCCAAAAUUAAAUAAAUGGAAAUAAAUAUGAUAUCAAUUUGCAAAAUAUAUCUGAGGAACAAAAAGAGAAAGAAUGACAAGAAUUGAACUAUGAAACAAGAAUUGUUGGCUUCAAGAUGACCUCAACUGACUAAGAAUGACAAUUAAGAUCUACGCAAUGUGACAGGUCAGAAUUGAGUCUUGAAAAUGAUUUCUGAUGAUGAAGGAUGACAUGAUCUACUGAAUGACAACAAUUGCCUGCUUUGAAAAUUACCUCAGCUGAAAUAAUAUUGCAUGCAUUUAACCUUUUUACAUCCCUCUCCAACAUCCUAUUCCAUUCGGUCACAACUGUUACCAUAAUCCCCUUUUCUCUCUUAUAUACAUCACUCAAGUAGCAUGUGCUCAAUCAUAUCGUCACCCCCCCUUUCACCCAUACAUGAAUGUCACACCUUUCUUCCCCCCAUCAGGCACCCGUGCUCACACCUGCCUCUCCCUUGUCCAUCGCCCUUGCCAGGCCGGCCCCCAGGACUUGCCUCUCCUGAGCACUGUCAAACCUCUUCCUUAGCUCCCUCAUCUCACUCCUCAAUGCACGUAUUAUGCAUUCCUGAGCCUCUAACUUCCUCUCGUACCCACACACAUAGCAUACGUUGUUCACCUCUAACCCACACCUCUUUGCCGCGCCUGACAACUACCCCAGUUCUAAAAUCUUGACCGUCGUUAUUUCCUGCACGGCAACCUCCUCUCCGGCCAAUACUCACUAGUCUUCCCCAUCUUAGCUUGGCUGUACGGACUUGAGGAAAUACUGACUCGCGGUAGUUUUCGUCUCUGGCGCCGUUUUUUUGCAAUCACCUUCCUUGAUCCUGAUUGGCUGUCUUUUUUGUUUCACUGAUUUCCAUUGGUUGCAUCCACUUCAGCUGGUGAGCUGCCCGCCCUCUACCGCCUCACUCGUGAACCAUAGGGCUGACCCUUAGCACGCCGCGGCGACCGCGCUGUGCAUCGCUGCGGAGGACGGUCCUAGCGCGGAGCAAACUUGCGACGCGACCCGUGACUUACAACCGUCUCCGGGGAUAAGUUACCACCACCUUUGAGCAUCCGGCGCCUGGCCUCUAUCAAUCCCACUCUAUAAAGACAUACAAAACCCAUAGCCUCGAUCCCUUCUCAGGACUCCUGUGACAUCAAGAUCAAGGUCAAGAUCAACGGAAGUAAACAGAGGAACGCUACAGAGUCUGCCACGCCGCCCACGCCCACCCAGUGCCCCCACGCCCACCCAGUACCCCCACGCCUCCACGCCCACACAGUGCCUCCAUGCCCACCCAGUACCCCCACGCCUCCACGCCCACACAGUGCCCCCACGCCCACCCAGUACCCCCACGCCUCCACAGUGCCUCCACGCCCACCCAGUACCCCCACGCCUCCACAGUGCCUCCACGCCCACACAGUGCCUCCACGCCCACCCGGUGCCCCCACGCCUCCACGCCCAUCCACCACCCUUGGUGCUGGUGCAGCAGCGAGGGUCUGAGGCGAGUGCCGUGCUCCGUCCUCACUGCCGCUGACUUCUGUUGCAGUGGAGGCUGCAGGGCCGGGCAGCAGCCUGAGGGGCCAGGACCAGCAGGAGCAGCCUGCCACUGCUGUGAGGAUCAGUGCCAGACCAUGCACUACAGUACAGUGCAAUUCCUUCAUCAUAUUUUGUGCCAAAGAAAAAAUUCAGUGCCAUAA